AUGGCAAAGUCAUCAAAUGAGAACUCUACUUGCAAGGCGCACUGGUCUGCCCUUCUUAAUCUCGGCGCUGCAGCCAGUGGGCUCAGCAUUGCCCUUAGCCAUGACAGUAUGAAGAGCCUGAAAUACUGUAUUUCCUGGCUUCAAUAUGCUAUUGCCCACAUCGAGCAUCAUGUGAAUGAUCUGCAGGAUUUUAUGGAUGCACUGCGCAAGGAUGGCAGCUCUCUUACACCUGCUGCUAUGCAGAAACUAGCUAACACACAAAAAGAAAUCACUGAGCUUAUUCGUACGAUUAUUGAUGUGGCAAGUAAGUAUGUGGACAAUGCUCUUCCUGAGUAUGCGCGCCGAAUUGUGAAAAACUGUUUACUGAGCCUUCCGGAGCGCUGGCGACAUGCAUCUCUCAAGUUGGCCGAUGCGUCGCAGUCGCCAUCCAAACAACAUGUACAGACGCCAAGUGGCGCUAAUGAAGAUGAUAUGCAGAUCCAAAAAUACUGUCACCCCAGUGUUGAGGUGACUGCCGCAAAACUACUUACACUGGGCGUUGAAUCUCUUAAAAUCAUGAAAAGAAUGAUGCAGGUGCUUGUGGAAGUAAUGGACCAUGCUGACUCAUGGGUGGAGAGACUAGGAUCCAUGCUCCCUCAAUCAACUGCAUCCUCCUCUACACCAUCCAGGCCACAUGGCUCAAAACAUGGCGCGAGUGAUACAGACUCACUCGAAGAACAUGACCAAAAACGUAUGCGAAAAGACGACUGGAAUGAACACGAAUCUUUAUCGCCCAAACGUCCCUCUGACUCACUUCCCAAGAAGGAAUGA